UCUUCAUCCAAUUUGCUACUGUGUGUUCCAGAAAGGGCACCUGGCCUGUACAUCAGUUCGUUCCCACAUCUAGCAAGUUCAGUCAGUCAGUUAGUUCCAUUACCCUUACCCUUACCCGCACCUCUCAAGCCCGCCUCUACUACCAACACCCCCUCCUUCCCUCUCAACAGCCCUUUCUGGACCCCAUUCCAUCUGGGGCUGAACUGGACUGAGCUGCCCAUAGUUCAUACAUUGCCAGACCACUCAUGCAGUUCUCUCACUACUCGGCUUUCGUCUUUGUAUCCGCACUGGUUUCCCACACCUACACCUCGAUAUCUCUAAACUCACCCCUCCCAGAACGCCACUUAACCCAUGGCCAGGCCCAGCCGUUCCUAUCUUGCCUUGUCCAUUCACUCAGACUCGUCUCGUCUUUUCUCUUCCAACAAUUCAGCGUUGAAGGCGGUGUUGUGUACUGCCAUAUCGAUCCCUCCUUGGCAGCAUAGAACAACAUAUCCCAUCGUCGCAACGGACACGGAUCAGGGAGCUGCAAAGUGGAUGCCGCCUAUAUCCCGGAGUUCUCCUCAACUCGACCAGCUGCCAGCUUCCCCGGCUUCGAAACUGGGACUAAUUUGUGCUGUUUUCAUCUGACCCUUUAACAUCCCACAAAUCCUUCGGCGUGGAUCUCAACCCAUCAACAGGUCUGUCGCCGGCUGCUCAUAGCCCCAAUUUUCCUCAGCAAGCAACACUGGGUUUCUGGAACAUCCACUUUCUCAAGUCUUUUUAACAAAACUUAUCUCGUCCGACACUCGCCCAAGUUGACAUUGACUUGUUGCUCGGCUCUCUGGUAGAGUUUAGUCAGUGGAAGCCUGCUCCGGCAUCGUUUUCAAUCUCACUUCAAGAACCCAUCUGCCCCGAAUCGCCCUCAACAAAACGCGGUACAAACGUCAAACAGCUUCUCCCAAGGCCGUUUACCUUUGGUUGCGUGUCACCGCGUCGGAUUCGCGUUCCACAAAGACCUGCGUCGUCAGUCCUUUCGGCAGCCCGAAGGCUGGAGCAGCGACCCCCUGCCUGGGAGCCCCCAAGGCCUAGGAAUUUCAUUGAGCCACACAUCGAACGCUCUUCGCCCAAAGCAGGGUUAACUGCCACAUAUACCCUGGGCCGCUGUGAAGUGUGACCUCCCAGAGAACCCCCUCGUCUCCUCCUUUCCUUCGAAGGCUGUGCAAACUAGCCACAUUGGCCACAACGUGGGCAUCCGCUCCUCUACCGCAAAUAGCUCAAUCCUCUGUGGCGCCUGGGAUCAUAAACCCGUCAUAUUCUAUCCAUUUAUUCUCUCGCCGUCCGGGCUUGCUCCGCUAGAGCUUGUCGACCCAGAACCCUCGAGGCUUGGACUAGUGCUUCGCCAAAGUUUGUGGGCGGCAUAAACUCCGAGUCCAGGUAGCGCAACGACAUUACCAAUGGGUGAUGUCCAACCCCCUUCCAACGGCUCUGAGUAUCCUGUCGUAGAUUCUCAUCAAGGCUUGAACACUGUAGGUGUCUCAACGCUUUGCUUUGACGAGAAAUCGAGAAUGGAGGCUCAAAGUAUCUCCCAUGCACAGCACCAGCAAUACGGUCCCCAACAGCAUGCCUUCUCCUCCCAACUCGACAUGGCACAGCAGCCCGCAUCCGGUCGCCCCAGCGCCUUUAACAUGAACGGUAUGGCGAACGCGCUGCCACAGGCCAGCAUGAGGCAGAAUCCCUAUGCGUCCGGAAGUCAACAGCAGCACCAUCAGCAGCGGUUCAGCCCCGCAACAUCCUCGCCGUCAAUGAUGCCACAGAUGCCACAGAUGGCUCCUCAGUAUCCCGGCCAAGCCGCGAUGCCCAUGGGAACCCCGCACUACUAUAUGCCACAGCAUCCGCAGAUGCAGCAUUAUUACGCAAACCAGCUCUCCCCAGCCCAACAGCACGCUCGGCCGAACAUUGGAUACUACCCGAACCAAAUGGUUAUGAGCCAUCCGCAGAACAGCCACAUUCCUCAAGGAUACUACUAUCCUUCGGCAGGUCACUAUGCCCAGAACCAAGGUCUCCAGAACCCAAUGGUCUCCGCGCAGUACAUGGGAGGAAAUCCGACGCAUAGUGACCCGAGAAUCGUUCCACAGAUUCCAAACGGGGUUGAUCAUAACGGUGCACACGUUUCUUCGACCCUCAAGCCCAGCGACGUGGGUGAAGGCCGGUCCGGUAUUGUUCGAGGUCCGCCGCGGAAGCCGCGUCAAAGUGGCCAUGCGAUUUGGAUCGGAAACCUUCCACCUCAGACGGACCUGAUGAAUCUGGUUCACCACGUGUGCAAGGAAGCGAACGGUCUCGAAUCUCUUUUUUUGAUUUCGAAGAGCAAUUGCGCAUUCGCCAACUUCAAGGACGAACAGACUUGCGUAACGGCUCAGCAGAAACUGCACGAUUCUAAAUUCCAAUCUGUCCGUCUGGUCAGUCGUCUGCGUAAGAGCACCGUCGAAGGUGCAGCUGGUGUUACGGCACCUACUGGCCCAGCAGCAUCAUCUGGAUCGCAAACCCCCCACGAUGUCACGACUCAACCAGCCGCUACGGAGAACGUGAUGGAAGUUGCAGCGACGGAAACAAGCGAAACCAAGCCAGUCACCGCCGCCGUCGAGCCGAUACUCCAGAAAGACAAAUUCUUCAUCUUGAAGAGUUUGACUGUAGAGGAUUUGGAACUCAGUGCCAAGACGGGUAUCUGGGCAACCCAAUCUCACAACGAAGAAACGCUUAAUGCCGCGUUUAACGCCGUCGACAACGUGUAUCUUGUCUUUUCUGCGAAUAAAUCAGGCGAAUAUUUCGGAUACGCGAGAAUGACGUCUCAAAUCAACGAUGACCCCGCGGCCGCGAUCGAAUUUGCCCCCAAGGCACAGUCCGCCAGCGAUGUCGAUUUGCCCAAGGCGAUCCCAACCGAACCGACUGAGUUUGCGCCCAAAGGCAGGAUCAUCGACGAUUCUGCCAGAGGAACCAUAUUCUGGGAGGCAGAGCGCGAGGACGGAGAAAGUGGAGAAGAGGAUGAGGAACAGGAGCUGGACCAGAGCGAUGCGAGCAGCAGAAAGAGCGGGAAUUUGGAAGCUGAUGGCACCGCGAAAGCUUGGGGAAAGCCAUUCAAACUCGAAUGGCUAUCGACCGCACGCCUACCGUUCUAUCGAACCAGAGGGUUGCGCAACCCUUGGAACUCGAACCGAGAAGUCAAGAUUGCGAGAGACGGUACAGAGCUGGAGCCAUCGGUUGGGAGGAGGUUGAUAGGACUCUUUAACAGGGUACAAAGUCCUGGGCCCGGAGCUGCGCCGGCUGCUAUGCGACCUGGGAUGGCCAUGAUUGCAGGGUAUCCGCCCAUGAGGCCACAUUACCAGCAAUGAGUCUAGCCGAGCCGAACUCGUCCAGUGGGGGGUGACACGACCCCGACAAAGUUCCCCUAGGUUCAUUUCGAUUCGGAUUCUGCCUAUACGGUUGACAAAAGGGUUGGACAAGUUAUUGCGACAGCGGGCGCAUGUAGGCCAUGAAAUUAUGAUGUAUGGCUAUCAGGAUACUGGUUUACCAUGUGCCUAAUUUGACUGUCUAAUUCAACUAGAAACUUCU